CUAAAAACGAUAGAUUCAGCAGAAAAUUUAUGAGUUUUAUAUUGUAUUAUGCUUCCAUCGUAUGAUCGGGUUGCGUUAUCGUAAGGUGUAUUUAAAUAUAACAAGAACUUGCUGAAGGAUUUGAAAAAUCACUUUGUAUAAGCAAAAGUGCAUCACGUUCCUGCAGCAAAUUAUGUUGAAUUCGUCGGAUUUUUAGUGAUAUAUUGUUUAUUAGUUGCAAAGGGAUACAAAUUGUUUGGUUGGGUGUUCAUAAUCUAAUAGAUGAAGAUUCAAAUAUUAUUUUUAUGCGAAGUUAAAGAAGAUUGGAAGAAAUUUGCGUAACUUGAAUGCAUACAUUUAAUGUGAAACAUUAGUGUUCUUUUACUAGCCUGCCUUGAGUGGUCAUUUAGAAAAUACAUCUAUACCGUAAAUCUGUCGUAUUACAUAAAUUUAAGUUCGGCUUUAAAUUAACUGCAAGCAGCCAUCUUGUAAAAAUCUUUUUUGUAUUUCGAACGAACAAAGUGUUCAAUAUCGAUAAUACCUUUAUCUUAUGCGAUUCAACUGAGAAUUUUCAUUAAAAAUUAAGCUUUUCUAGGAAUGUCAGAUUUUUCAGAACAGUGUUGGUAUUAAGAUGUAAAAAUCAAUUUCGCGCCAUAAAACAGUAUUAUUCGAUAGCUGCAUUUAAGAGCAAGAAAAAUAUAAAGACGAGUUGCGAUACAAACAACUCGAAUAAGAAAAGGGUAGGCGAAUUUUUCUGUUGAAAGUUGGAAAUAAUACAGGCAAAACGGCACCACAAAAAAAAUCACAUAAGAAGAUGGCGGAGACCAAAGAAUUAGAGUGAAAUAUUUAGAUUAAUUAAUAGAAUUUUUUCUUUGGUUAUACUGUGCUUACAAUUACGUUGCAUUUAUCGAAUAAUGCUUAGAAAAUACGACAAUAUCUUCGUUUUCAUAGAAUAUGGUAUUGAGUUUUCGAGUAUCUGAACUACAGAUGCUUCUCGGUUUUGCUGGUAGAAAUAAAUCAGGUAGAAAAAACGAAUUACAAGCACGUGCAUUAGAAUUAUUAAGGUUGAGAUCCAAUCCUGUACAACUUAAAAUACGUGAAUUAUAUAAAACUAUACAAGCUGAUCAAUUGGCUGCACAUCAAAUGUAUGGUCAGACAGGUGGUUCUGGAGAACCACAAAUUGAUCAAAACAUGCAUUCCAGAAAUUAUUACACUAGACAAGCAAUCAGUCAACAACAACAGUCACAGUCUGCAGUUUCUAGUGGAAAAGAUCUACCACCUGCGCAUCAAGCAUCUCUACCUCAGGCACCUAGAGCUAAUCCAAUAUAUCAGUCCACAGGAUAUACCAGUGUAACACCCCAGCAAACAUCCACUGCACCUUAUAAUCCAUAUCCAUAUCCACCAAAAGUUUUACCAUCUCCAUUACAAAUACAACCCAGGAGUCAAUACCCUGUUCAUCCAGAUGUUAGAUUCAAGAAACUACCAUUCUUUGAUUUACUCGGUGAAUUGCUGAAGCCAUCUAGUCUAAUGCCCCAAGGAUCUAUGAGACUUCAGGAGAACACAUUUAUGUUUCAUUUAACCCCGCAACAAUCAACUGAUGUAUCUAGCUCGAGAGAUUGCCGUGCAGGAAGUAAAAUGGAUUAUAUUGUUCAGAUACAAAUGCGAUUUUGUUUACAAGAAACAUCUUGUGAACAGGAAGAUUGUUUUCCGCCGAGUAUUGCUGUAAAAGUUAACGGGAAAUUGUGUCCUUUACCUAAUCCUAUACCUACAAAUAAGCCAGGUGUAGAACCAAAGAGGCCACCAAGGCCUGUUAAUAUUAGUCCUUUAGUUAAAUUAUCUCCUACUGUAGGAAAUCAAAUCCAUGUCACCUGGUCGGCUGACUAUGGAAGACGUUAUGCGAUUGCGAUAUAUCUAGUUAGAAAGCUUUCAAGCACAGAAUUAUUGACUAGAUUAAAAAAUAGAGGUGUUCGACAUUCAGAUUAUACAAGAGGUUUAAUUAAAGAAAAGCUUAACGAAGACGCAGAUAGCGAAAUAGCGACAACGUCGUUAAGAGUAUCGUUAGCUUGUCCGUUAGGAAAGAUGCGAAUGUGCACACCAUGUCGUGCGUCAACAUGUUCACAUUUACAAUGUUUUGAUGCUUCGCUGUUCCUUCAAAUGAAUGAAAGAAAACCUACGUGGAAUUGUCCGGUUUGUGAUAAACCGGCAUUGUACGAUAAUCUUGUUAUCGAUGGAUAUUUCCAAGAGGUAUUGAAUUCUAAGAAGUUACUCCCGGAUGUAAAUGAAAUUCAGUUGUUGCAAGAUGGUUCGUGGGAGAAUUUGGUUUUGAAGAAGGAGAAAGAUAAAGACAAAAGUGAAACGAAAGUUAUUAUAAAUUCGGAGAAUCGGAAAAUUGAUGUGGAUACAGUGGAUCUUGAUGAAAGCAAUCUCACACCCCCAAAGGAAAAGAAACGAGCUGUUAUCAUCGAUUUAAUAUCAGAUAGCGAUGAUGAUGACGAACAUGCUACAUCAACACAAAGUACAAAGAAAAUAGCUACUGGUACAUCUUCACCAAAAAAGUCCCAAGCUAGUUCAAUUAGCAGUACAAGCGAAUCACCAGAAUUGAUGAUUAUUGAUUUAGAAUAGGAUUUUUUAUAUUGAUCAUUAUAAUAAAAUUGCCAAAAUUUUAAAUUAUGUAAGUUUUGUACAGAAUAAAUACCAAAACUUUCAUUAGUUAUGCAGUUAUCAAAUUGAGAAAUUACUGUAUAAAUAUGAGUAAAUUCUUGACAUUUUUACUUUUGAUACUUUAAGUUUGAUAGAAAAUAAGAUACAUAGUGUUCUGCUUUCAGUAAUAAUAACUCACUAUUCUUUCAUUUCAUUAUGUUUUAUAUUCUCAAAAAAUAAGGUACAUUUCUUUUGUUAUCGAACCCGAAUCGUUAUGUAUCAUCGAAAAGAAUAAAAUCAACUUUUAUAAUAUAA